AGUAACACCGUUGACAAUCUCGUCGGACGUUAAAUUCGAACGCGAAAAACGCUAAAAAGGUGAAAACCCGCGCUUUCAUUGUUUCGUCGCCCGAGUCCAGUUGAACUCACUCUGCCGACGUCGAGUCGAUCGAUUUACGUUUAUUUUUUGUUGUCGACAAUACCGUCGUAAGAAUAAUUUUCGGGCCGAGUUUCGCUGUCGUGUGUUUUCCGGUCACCUGUGCCUUCUCAAUCAAAUCCCGUGACCAGCACAGCCGGACCGUCACGGUCGGAACUGCGACUCCUCCGUUCAACCGAUACACCAUGGACGACUUUACAGAGCGCAUGUUGGAAAGGACACAAAGACGUCAAGAGCUUCUUAAGUCCACAUUGUCCCAGGUAUCGCAACCAAUGCCUUCAUCAGCUAUAGAAACCUCUUCAAACAUUCAGCAAUCGCAUUCACCGCCUUCACGUCGUCAGAGACGUACUCGCCUUGCUGAACUUGCUAACCAAGUAGAUCAAUGGUUGUCAGAUGAUCAAAACUUUAAACAAAGUGAAAAUAUCUCCAACCCCAAAAAGGCAGAAAAAAUUAACGACAUUCAAAAUGAAUCUAAAAAAUUGGCAACUGUAUCUCCACAAUAUGCUAUUACAAAAGAUUUAAUUAAGACUAAUGAAAAUAAAUCAGCUGACAUACAGCAACCCAAACCACAGCAGUAUAAUAUUAAAUUGAAACAAUUACGCCAACAGCAGCAAUUAGAUAAAGAAACUCAGCCUCAAAAUAAUUCACUAAAUCUCACUUCUACUACUUUGACAGUUGCACAACGUCGAGCAUUAUUUGAGCCAAAUAUUGUUAAUAAUGUUGUUAAUCAGCAGCAGAAUAAAAAACCAAUUACUACUACUACUGUAACCAUAUCUCUGACUAAAACUACUCCUGCUUCUGUUAUUACUAAAACGUCAACAACUGCGGCCAAUGAAGCAACUGAAGAAUCUGUUGAAGAUGUAAUUAAAACGCCACCACGUCCUAUUCCAUGCAGUGCAUCUACCCCACCUUCAAGACGUGGUUCUAGGCCUAGAACAAGUGUAGAUACUUCUACUGCCUCAAACAAUUUGACUGAACAGAAACGAACUGUAUGGACUCCCCCGUGUAUAAAAAAUGUGCUUUUAAAAAAGAAAUUGAUCAACGAACUGGAAGACGAUGGACAAUUGUCAGAUAAUAGUACUAAAGAUAAAGUUGGGUUAAAAAGAAGUCCUUUUGAUAAAUAUAAUCCAGGUUGUAUUAAAUACAAGCCAGCUUCACCAUCUUCCAACUUGUAUCCAGAUUUAUCUUUGAUAGCAGAUGAUGACCUAGGAAACAAUAGUUUACCAACUUCAUUGGAAAUCCAAUCUAUAGCAUGCAAGAGACGCAGCAAUGGAAGCAGUGCUUUAAAUACUUCUACUGCAUCUUCCGAAUCUGUGCCUGAAGACAGUGAUGAUGUUGACAUUUUGGGGGCUAAACGUUAUCGGUGCCAUGAGAAAGACAAAGAUCAGGAGACAAAUGACAUUGCUACACUUCAAGAGGUAACUUCUCCAUCCACGCCUAUUACAGGAUUUAACAGUACCCCUGGUGGUGGUCACUGUUCUAUGCUAUCAAGCCAUGCUGGUAGUCCAUUAUCACAGGCUUGUUCCAGUUUUAUAUUCCAACGUGGCAAUGAAAGUCUCUGUGGUAACAAAAGUUUCUCUAACUCAACUGAGCAAAGACAAGGUUUAGAAGAUCAACAAUUGGGUCAGACCAAUCAGUUACCUGAGUCUCGGCUCAUUGACAAGUACUUUGAGUUUGUGAAUUCUGAUGGAGAAGAAGAAGCAGAACUUACUAAUAAUGUCUUAUCGCCUAAUGAGUCGGGUUAUCAUGGCCAACUUCAGUCAAACAACAGCAAACAUAAUGUUGAUAUUGAACCUAACAAACAGAAUAGCAGCAGUAGCAGUUGUAGUAGCAGCAGUACUAAGCCAGCGCUUGUACACACAGUUAGCACAUAUCGUAAACAACAGCAACAGUUACGAUUAAAUGGUGCAAAUUCUUCUAGCAAGCAACAAAUGAGAAUUCCGGAACAAGUAAAAGAAGAACAAGAUGAGGAUACUGAUGAUGAAGAAAUACAUUUGCAAGAGCUGGAAAAAGUAGCAGCACGAGCUAGAGACUUAGAACGGAUAGUGGUGCCAGAGCAAGACCGCAUUAUUGAACAAGCCACCCAAGCUUUGAAUAUUUGUGAUGUAUACAGGCAAAAAAACACUCUUCGUCCAGUGAUUUCUAAUCAAUUUUCACCUGAGCAUGUACACGCUGAACGACUUUUGUUAAUUGCAGGCUUGAGACGAACAGAUGCAGUUCGUGAGGCGCAACGACUUCGUGUUGAACGCACAUUGUUACCAGGUGGUAUCAUGGGAGACAGGUCCACAUACUUAAAUGCUCACGGUGAUGGUAAAACACUUGUUAUUCAGAGUCUGCGUGUUCCUAUUUUAUCAUCCUUGAAUAGUGGUGGAAACCACAAUAAGUUAAAACAUAAUUCAGGCGAAGGAUUAGAAAAUCUAACCAGAUGGCCAGGGGGGUAUAGAUAUUUUGUAUGUGCCAUCAGAGCAGUGGCUACAGUUCACCGACCACCAGUGACUGCUGCUUCUCGACCAGCUGAUGCAGUUGAAGAGUCAGUGCUCCGAUUCUCCAAUGAUGCUUCCAUUUGUCGUAACAACGAUGAAAUAAAUUAUGGAUAUGUUGAGUUCAUUACUAAAAAAAGAGUCAAAAACUCUGGUAGCCGAAAAGCUCCAACUGAAUCAGAGGGUGCCCCUAUAAUGAUUCAUGGGUUGGAUGAUAGAGGAUGGAAAAUCACCGUUGAGCUAUAUGGUGUAUCCCCAACAGGUGCUGGAGAUCAUGACCACCAUAGUGGUGGUAAUAAUGUCAAGGAACACGAUGGCCAUGAAAAUAGGAGUGUACUGGAUAAGUUAUGGUCUACAGUUACUACCCCAAGUAAGGAACCCAAAAAACACCAUAGUUCAACAGCAACAGCAUGUAUUGAAUCGCCAGGUGGACCAAUGGCUGUGAGAAAUACAGUUUUUCGACAGCUUGGUUACUUUGUAUUUUCUGAUGGUCAGGUAGACCGGAAGCAGUUUACUCUGAAUAAGGUCCAUCAAUCUGGUAGUAUUUCAAGCAGUUCAAGGGUUGCUGCUGUGGAAGAAACAGUGCGUGUGCAGAUGUGCCUUUUAGAGGAAGGAGAGGAAUAUACCUAUGAUGAUGAUAUGGGAGGAAUUAAUUUGGACAACAAAUCUUCGGGAUCCAAUUCAUAUGCUGCGGGUGGCAUUAGAACUGUUUCAGCACAAAAAUCACUGAAAUUCCCAUCAGAGUGCAAACGAUUGGAAGGAUUUUUAACACUUUUUGACGACCAUGAGUUGCGUACACAAAAUUUUGAGCGAGAGGGUCAAUGGAAACGUCGUGCAGAUAUUGGUGGUUGUUCUAAAGGUGGCACUACUUCGUGGCGUCGUCUUUGGUUUCGAGCUGAAAUAAUUGAUGUGAAUCAACAGAAAUCUAUAAAUAACAGUGACAAACCACAAGAACAGCCAAACGAUAAAAAUUUAAAGCAGCAAUCUAUAGUGUUACGCUAUUGGAUGUAUCCAGAGUAUGCUGAACAAGAACGAGAGCCUUUAGGUAGCAUAGACUUGAAUUGCUGUCUGCCUCUACCUCCACCUGAAGAAGAAAUUACUACUGUUGCCUCAGGUCAACAGCUUAAACAUAAACAAAAACCAAUCCCUGCUGCUCCAGCUCUUCCAGAUCUAUGCACUCGACCAAACACUCUUCGCUUGAUUUUGUAUACUGUUGGCGCCGAAUAUGAUACCUUAAAUGAUGGAGAUCACGAUAAUGAAAAAGCUCAUGAAGUACUGUUGCUAGCUGCUGACACCGCAGAUGAACGGCGUGAAUGGUGUGAAACUAUAAAUGCAGCAGUAAAUGCUAUUAGUGAACAUCGUGAACAAAUCAGAUUAGCUUUGGCUACUCAAUUGAAAAAAAAACAAUACUAUAACGAAAAGGAACAACAACAAAUACGACAACAAGUUGAACAACGUACUGGUGCUUGGCCUACUACGCCAAGUGGUAAUCGUCAAUAUUACGGCAAAAAAAAGAAGUUCUACAAAUGAUGACUUCAAAAUGUUUAACCUCAAGUUGUUUUAUAACUCUUGUUUCAUUUUAGGUAUCUUAUAAUUCAUUAUAUAUUAUUAUUAUUAUUAUUAUUUUGUUUGUUUUUUUAUAAUACAAUACAAUAUUGCAUAU